CGCCCCUUUGCGAAUAUCUGUCAUGGCUGCUCACGGUGGAAGUAAAACUACCGAUAUGCUAAAAUAGCAUCUGUUGUUUUCCUCAGGUUCACCGAUGUGGGCUAAAUUAUUUCUUAGCCCCAGGUUUAUCAACCGAGUUCAUCUCACGUGGAGUCACAGAUCAUUGAUCACAAUGCAACUAAAAACUAAAGAGUUCGAGUCUCUAUUUACCGACGGGCUGGUUGGCCUUGCUGAAAUAUUUGAAAAGAACCAGUUUGAGCUGAGGAUUGCAGGAGGGGCGGUGCGGGACCUUCUGUCAGGGAACCGGCCCGAAGAUGUAGAUUUUGCCACCACAGCCACUCCAGAGGAAAUGAAGAGCAUGUUCCAGACAGCAGGAGUCAGGAUGAUAAACAAUAAAGGAGAGAAACAUGGGACCAUUACUGCCAGGCUUCAUAACGAGAACUUUGAAGUGACCACUUUGCGAGUGGAUGUGCAGACAGAUGGGCGGCACGCAGAGGUGGAGUUUACCACUGACUGGCAGAAGGAUGCAGAGCGCAGAGAUCUCACCAUCAACUCCAUGUUUCUUGGGCUGAAUGGGACUCUGUAUGAUUAUUUCAAAGGAUAUGAGGACCUCAAGAACAGGAAAGUAAGGUUUGUCGGCAGUGCCUCACUACGGAUCCAAGAGGACUACCUUCGAAUUUUGAGAUAUUUCAGAUUCUAUGGGCGGGUGGCAGCUGAGCCUGGGCAACAUGAACCUGAGACUCUGGAGGCAAUAAGAGAGAAUGCCAAAGGAUUGGCUGUUAUCUCAGGUGAGAGGAUCUGGGUGGAGCUGAAGAAGAUGCUGGUUGGAAACCAUGCUGGCCACCUGCUGGAGCUUGUCUAUGAGUUAGGCCUAGCCCAGUACACAGGUCUUCCAGCAGAUGGCAAUGUUGGAGAGAUGAAGCAGAUCUGGCAGAGGGCUCGCGAUAGCUCUCCUAAACCCAUGACUAUCCUGGCUGCUCUAUUCCGAAGCCAGGAGGAUGUGGAGAAACUGGAUCUGCGACUGAAGCUGUCCAGAGAAGAGAAAAACCUGGGCCUCUUCCUGGUCAAACACAGACGAGAUCUCGUUAAGGGACAGGAUCAACGUGACAGCAUGAAACCAUACACAGAUUUCAUAAUUGAUUCUCGAGAGCCAGAAUCGCAGAGUAAAGUACUGGAGCUUCUGAAGUAUCAGGGAGAAAAUAAACUUUUAGAUGAGCUGAGAAGGUGGUCCAUCCCCCGCUUCCCAGUGAAUGGGCAUGACCUACGCAAGCUGGGCAUUACCUCGGGUAAAGAGAUUGGCACCAUCCUUCAGGAGCUUAGGGACACGUGGAAGAAGAGCCGCUAUCAGAUGAGCAAAGAGGAACUUCUGGCCACUCUCAGCAGAUCCUGAUGUCAGAUAAGGAAACACACUAGUGUCAGAAGUGCUACUGACUUUGCAUGCAUGUUCUAUAGUGCAUUUUGAGUCUGUGUACAGAAGGUGCACCUCCAUAGUGUCAACGAAUAGUGUGGAGGGACCAUCAGGUCUGCAUGGGGCACUUAUAAACCCUUAUUAUUUUUGUCCUGUGGCUUUGCAGAUACAAUGCUACAAAAAGCUGAGGAAUAUCUAUGGCUGCUAUCUUUGGAAUUUGUAAUGGCUAUGUUUUCGGGAUGCAGAAAAUGUCUUGGAGUAUCAAAGCGAUCUUAGAAUGUUAAACAUCAUAAACACUUCCCUAUCAUUUUCCUUUCAUAAAUGGUGAUUUAGUUUGACAUAAUAUCAUUCAUUUAUUCAUUAAUAUAAUUGGUUUGAGCAAGGAUGCGUCUAAAUUGAAUGACACAAUGCAAUUUCAUUUUGAAUUUGUUUUUUGAUGUGGGAUUUGUCCCUUUCAGAAGAGUGAAGUGGUGUAAUUAGUGAACUGGUGUAAUUAUUAUAGGAAAGGAAGUAAUAUAGCUCUCCUGCAGAGAUCACAUCUUCUCAUAUAUGACGCCGUAGCCAUGGUUUCAUUAUGAGGAAAAAUGAUAUUCCUUUUGUCAACAGUUCAUAGUUAUUAGAUGGUUAUGUAACCAACUCUCAAGGUGUUUACUUAAAUAAAGUAGCACACAUUACGUA